AUGCUCCGCUCGUGCGCAACACCCACCGCCCGCACCCUGGUCGCCCGCACCUCGCCACCCUCCGUCCUCCGGGCCGCCCACCUCUCGUCGUCUGCGCCUCACACCGCGCCUCGACCAAGCUCGCCGGCAGCCGCGUCCACCACCACGGCGAGCACCUCGGCGGCGUCGACGUCGGCGCCGACCCCGGCGGCGUCGCACUUCCUCGUGACGCUCCUGCGCUCGCCGCUGCACCUUGCGGCAUCGCAAAAGGCGUCGGCCGCGUCGCUCGGGCUGUACAAGCGGCUGUCGUCGUCCAUCGUGCCCAUCACGGCCCAGAACGCGGGCUACGUCGUGCAGCUCAAGGAGCUCGUCGGCGUGCGCGCGUGCUCCGAGGCCGACGUCGCGCGGUGGGGCGCGCGCGAGUGGCGCGAGCGCGAGGGCGAGGGCCGCCAGGGCAGCGGCAUGCGGGUCAAGCUCGGCGGCGACAAGGCGAGGAGCGUGAUCCGGGUCGGGAGCGAGCGCGCGAGGGGGGACGAGCGUGGGUUCCGCGUCGUCCGGCCGUGA